AUGUGUCUUCGGAUUGUCUCUGCUCCAUGCCGCCUACAAGAACCUUUUCUUUGUCUCUCUUUCAAACCUCACCUCAUAGGGAUGAUAGAGAUGCUGCUAGAGUCGCCACUGGAGGAGUGGCAGGCAUCGGACCUAAGGGACGCGGGGGAGUGUGCGCGGGAGAUGGUUGCCCUCAUCAACCGCGUGCUCGACCUCGCCAAACUGCAGGCCGGCCCCCUGCAGCUCGAGGGUCUGCCGCUCUGCCUGCCUCGCGUGGCUCAGCAUGCCGUCGCCCUCGCUGCUCAAGACCCGUGCGCCAGGGGGUUGCAAGCGCAUGCAGCAAGCAACACUCUAGUGGGCGACGUCACCUUCCAUGUGUGGUGUGCCGCCCCUCCUCUCCAGCAAGGCCCUCAUGCAACCUCUUCUCAACCCACCACCCCUUGCCUCACCACCUCUCGUCCCACCACCCCUCCUCCAACCACCUCUCGUCCCACCACCCCUUGCCUAACCACCUCUCGUCCCACCACCCCUUGCCUCACCACCUCUCGUCCCACCACCCCUCCUCCAACCACCUCUCGUCCCACCACCCCUUGCCUCACCACCUCUCGUCCCACCACCCCUCCUCCAACCACCUCUCGUCCCACCACCCCUUGCCUCACCACCUCUCGUCCCACCACCCCUCCUCCAACCACCUCUCGUCCCACCACCCCUUGCCUCACCACCUCUCGUCCCACCACCCCUCCUCCAACCACCUCUCGUCCCACCACCCCUUGCCUCACCACCUCUCGUCCCACCAUCCCUCCUCCAACCACCUCUCGUCCCACCACCCCCCAAUCGUCCUCCUCUCGUCCUGCCACCCCUCGUUUCCAAUGCUCCAGCACACCACUUUCAUCCCUUCCUCCUAAACCCACCUCGUGGCAACCUCCCCCCGCCCUCAAAAUAUCUCAAGCCCCUCAAAACUCUCGCACCCAUCUCACCCCACCAGCCUCACCAGCCCCUCAAACUCCUCGCACCCCUCCAUUUUCUCCAGCCCCUGCUGCCCUGCACUCUUCUCGCUCCCCCCCAGUCGCUCGCACCCCUCCAUUAUCUCCAGCCCCUGCGGCUCUGCACGCCCCCACAGCCUGGCAGCAGCAGGCAGCGUGUGUGCGGAGCUUUCCCCCAGACACCCGCCUGGUGUGCACCCCUCAGCACCUCUCAGCACCCUUGGGAAGUCUCUCCGCCCAAGCAGAAAUUCAGGGUGAAAGGCUGUUGGCAGGGUUGGGAGGGCUGGGAGGGGCGGGAUGGCUGGCAGCGUUGGGCCUGUCAAAAGAGUGGGGAGGGGGGAGAGGUGGAAGGGAAACGUGUGUGGGUGAGCAGCAAAACACAGGUGUGGAGAGUGGUGGAGAUGGGCAGGUGGAGAGUGGUGAGGGAGGGCGGCUAGAGAGGGAGGUGACAGCGUGGGUGGAGGGGGUGUGCCGGGCGAGAGGUGCAGAGGCAUCGUGUGUGGGUGAGCGGCAAAACACAGGUGUUGGGAGUGGUGAGGGAGGGCGGCUAGAGAGGGAGGUGGCUGCAUGGCUGGAAGGGGCGUGCAAGGCGAGAGGGGAGGGCGAGUGGAUGGUGGUGAUGGCGUGUGAGGAUACGGGCGGUGGUAUUCCACCCGAGGAGAUGCGGUGGGUGCUGGAUCCAUAUGGGGGCGACCCUCACCACUCCACAUGCUCCCCUGCUGCUGCUGAUGAUGCGGCUGAUGAUACUGAUGGUGUUAAUGGUGCUGAUAGUGGUGGUAAGCGUAGCAAUAGCAAGAAGCAACGAAGAGUCGCGGUGAGUGAAGCCAUACCUGAGUGUAUACGUGCAUAUGUGCGUGCAUGA